GUUUUCCCCCCAGAAUGGAAGUUGUCUUGACGGAGAUACGGGCUAAACUUGGCUGACCUGGCAGGAUAUUAACGUCGGUCUUCUCUUUUUUUUUUUUUUUCUCCCAGUCUAAGUCCGCGUUAACAACGAAGCCUGUGUGUCGGAGUCCCCGCAUGGAGGAUGAGGAGGAUGAUGUGUUUGAGCCAGACCCCCACUGCUGGCAUACCACAUUCAAGGAGAUAAAGUGUGAAGAGCGGGCUACACAAACACCUGGCCCCGUCCUGGCAUCAAACUACGGCAUGCUGCCCUGUGGAGUCGCAGAGGAGCCAAGACCACUCUUCUACGGCAACGCAGGAUUUCGAUUGCACUUCCCGGCAAACUUUGAGCUUGUUAGGGAUCAGGUGGUACCGCUACUAGAGAGCGAAGACGGGAUGGAGCAGCUACGCCAGCGACAACCUGUGCCACGCAGCGUGGAGGUCUGCAUCGGUCAGAAACUCCAACUGAUUGGAGACCAGUUCCAUCGGGAACAGUUGCAACUGUAUCAUCGAAACCAAAGGAAUCAAAGGGGGCUGCUGUGGUGGCGCCUGGCCACAGCUCUGCUGGGCCUGAUCUUUGACGGGGGCUUCUUUGCUGGACGAGGAGAAGCGAGACGGAGUGGAAGAGUCGGGAUGAGAAAGGUCACCGCGGGACGGAGACCACCAACUUUUAUACAAGGUUUAUUUCUUUUCAAGAAGAUGCCAUGAUACCUUGAGAUUCCUCUACAGGACAAUGUUCAUAUUUUGCUAUAAGUGUGGUGUAGUAGUUUUGUACAGUACAAUGGUCUUGUUCAAUUUUUUGCACUUCACAAUGUAUUCUUUUUAAUGACCUCCACAGACCCUGGGAAUGCCUUAUUCUAAUGUUUCCUGCCGCAAAGAGUAUUGAGAUAUUUUUUUUUUCUUUUGUGAAGAUUUCCAGCUAACCGCUCAAGUUGAAUUACUCAUUUCCAAAGAGGCAAUUUCUCAGAACAAAGCAUUUUGCACCUCACCUCGAUGUUACAUUCACCCUAAUAAGUUUUCCCCCUCGUCCCCUCAUCUAUUUGCUGUAACACCAUAUUCACUUUGAGCAUCAUCUUGCAACAUUAACUGUUUCUGGACAUGAAAUGCCUGCACAGUGCACACCAAGACAAAUAUUUAGUCAAACUACAUAUUACAUGUCGACAUUCAAGGAAGUAUCACGGGGUGGAGUUAGCAGAACUGAUCGAUGCUCACUACUCAAACAAACCUGAGUAAAGAAGUGUCCAAACUGCAAGGUUAUUAAUACAAAAAAGUCUGUUAUGGUUUGAAUACACUAUGUAAAUGAAAAUAUUGAGACACAGCUAUGAUGUAAAGGAUCCUAAUGUGUCCCCAUGCACAGAGCAAGGUCCUGCUUUGAAGAGUUUACUAUUAUACCAUCCAUCCAUACGUUUUCUACCGCUUGUCCCUUUCAGGGUCAUAUAACCAUUAACUCUCAGGGGACAAAGGCUGGCUUUUUUGUUAUUUCAGUCAUUUUUUUGAUAUAUUUUUGGCCAUCAUCUUUUUGUUGUAUUACCCUAAGAGUUGAAAUUUCCAUUUCCAAUUAUUUCACAGGUAAAAUAGAUGUACGAUACACCACAUAUUCCACAAUAGACCAAAGCAGGGGCAAACAGAACAAAAUAUACAGUAAAAACGGGACAUAUACAGUCCUUUAUUUUUCAAAGGGCAUAAAACAUUUAGGAUUAUUUUUAUUUUAUUUUACUUUUUUGCCCACAUAACUCAAUCAAUGUCAGCCAUGAACAAAAAUACCAAACAUGGAAUGUUUUUAUUUUGUAGUUUUUUGGGGGGACGGAAGGGUGUAAGCAUACCUGCCAACUACUCCGGUUUUCCCGUAAUUAGUACGGUUUUCAUCAACCUAUUCCGGGUUACGUUUGCAGUGAUAAAAAAUACGGUUUUUCAUUAAUUAAAAAAAAAAAUUUUCUUUUUAAAGUUUUAUUCACGAAAUCGCGUAACAACAAUGACAUUCGACCUGCUUCCCGUAACUUCCUAUCGAGCCUUUCCGCGAGGCUAUUUAUAGCACCGCUGCCAAGCACGAGGCACCUGUUGUCAUUGUUUCCAAACGAGCGAACGAUCAUGGAAUCAGCCGGAGAAAAAUCGCAUACGAGUCUUAAACCGAAAAGAAAACUGCAGUCAUUCCGUGAAGAAUAUUCAAAAGCCUAUCCAGGAAUAAUUAUCCGUUCCAAAAGGGUGAAAACUACGCGAAUUGCACCUUGUGCAGACAAGAUUUUUCGAUCGGACACGGAGGAAUUAGCGAUGUAAAAGACCACGUUGGGACAAAAAAACACAAGUCUAAUGCCGUUGCUAGCGAUACAAGUGGAAAACUUUCAACGUUUUUCGGAUUUUAGCCACAAAAAGGUAAUGACACCAAUGUUAUCUAUUGGAAUUGUUUAGUACUGUUAUACUGUUAAAAGUGUUUAUACUAUUUAUGCUUUCAAGUCCAAGUUGAAGAAAUCUUGUUAAAUGUUGACAGCAUAACUACCAAAAUACAGAAGUAUGUCCUUAAUAUUUUUGCAGUGAUAUUUCUGUUGAAAAGUUAAAAUGAUUACAUUAGAGAUGUGAUGUGCCACUUUUCAAG